CUGCCCCGCCGCCGCAGCCAGUACCGCAAUAGUGCCGGGCUGACCCGGGAACUGGUCUCGGUGGCUGGCCAACCCUGGCUUCCGCGCUGUUCGCUGCCCCAGCUUCCCUCUCUGACCCCACUGCCGGAGACUCACAUCUGGGGGCCGCCACCGCAGCCCAGGCGCUCGAAGAAGCUUCUCUCUUCCUCAGUGGAAUUGCCUGGACAUAUCCCACUCUCAACAACAAUGUUGAAAGAAGAAAAAAUGUCAGUGCUAUCUCCUGAAAUCAGAUUUGAGAUUCCUGACAUCACCCGAAAUGCGUUUGAGAAUUGUUUUCUUUUCGAGAGUAGUUGGAGGAAAGCAGUUUUAGGAACACAAAAGAUGGAGAAAGACUACACUGCAACCCUUGGUCUAGAGGAGUUCAAAGAACGUAUCAAAAUGCCAUAUUUACCUGGAUUACAAAAUUACCAAAAAAGUGCAAGUUCAGCUCCACUGAGGGUUCAUAAGAGGCAUGCUGAUCCUGAGAUGACUCCACUCAGCCAUUCUAGGGAGAACAUGUCAAGUUGCCAACAAGUAUUUUAUUCUCCUCUGCAUAUUGCACAGCAUCCUAUAAAAGACCACUCUUGGCAAAGCAGGAUAAAGAAGACUAAGAAGACAUGUACUGUUGUAUCACUUCAAGAAAAAUCAAAAGGUUCUUGUUUCAGAGAUCCUCUCUCUGGAGCAUCAUCCCAAUACUUAAAGAGACUGUCAAAAAUGGCCAUAUUGGAGUAUGACACUAUUCGUCAAGAAACAACCAGAAAACCAAAAAAGGGCAAGAAACGAGAGCUGCAAGAUUGCUGAUAACCAUCAGACAGCAUAAUGAUUCUUCACUGAUUGUUAAGGCUUAUGUUUUUCCCCUUUUUUCUUUUUCUGAUAUGUGAUAUAAUGUGCAAUGAUUUAUAUAAAAAUGGAAAUGAAAAUAGGAAAAAAUAUUUUAUACUAAUGUAUAGAAAAAUUUGUAUCUUGUUAAUAUCCAUAAAAAGGCAUUUCAGUGAUGGCUUAUGGGGUCAUAUGCAGAAGAAAAAAAUUAUAUCCCAUCAAUUUUAUGCAUAUUGAUUAUGUCUUUUGAUUCAACUGCAUGAAUGUUUUUUAGUGCCUAUCUGUACAAUCAAUCACCUUUGCUAGAAGGUAUGGAGAGGUCAAGAAAGAAUGUUAGGGUUAAAACUUGUUCAGUUAGAAUGUCUUCUUUUCUCUGAGUUUGAAAACAGUUGUGAGGUAAGUAUUCAAGCAGAUGAAGAUGAAAAUAUUAACUCUGCUGAAGUACCUGGAGGAAGAAUCCUAGCUUAGGUGGGAUUUUCCUAAACAAUGGGCCUCCUAAACCUGACCAGCAGAACUGGACAAAUGUACACACGCAAGUAAUAUGACACCCCCAGGCUUGCCUGCUGAAUCUGGGUCUUUACUGCCAAGUAGAACAGGGUAUCUCCACUGUGUAGACAGGCAAAUCCCUGAGGGGAAAAAGGAGGUAGGAGAGACACUCCAGCUCUGUGGAGAAGAGGAGGGUGUAGGUCAAGACAGCCCCUCCUCCAAACUUGAGGAGUAGGGGGGAUGUAUUUGUCAGUAAGUACACCAUUCCUUUAUGCAACCUUGGUGUCAAAAGAGUAGAGGGUAUAUGACUCAAAUGAUAACUUGAUAAUAUCUGAUAGAGAACAUUAAAUGCCAAGCAUGUAGUUACAUUUCUCUGUUUCACAGUGGAGAUUUAGAGAAUGAAAGAUUUGGAGAAUACUUGUUUAAUGAUGAAGAUUCAUGUAGAUAUAAUUUGUAGGCUAGAUGUAAUGAGAUCAGAAGUUGGAAACCAGUUAGGAGAUUUUUACAAAAAUCAAGAUAACAAUCUCUCAGUAGAAAGGUAGAAACAGGAGGGUGAAGGAGGUACCAGAUAAUUAGGACAUGGAGGCAAAAGCCUUAAGAUUAACUAACUGGUUAGACUUUAAGAUAGCUAAAGAGGAAGCAUCAAAAUUAGCUCAUUUCAAAAUUUAGAAACAAGAAUCUCAGAAGGAUAUGCUAGUUUUGUGGACUAAGAGGGUGAACACAGCUUUGGGAAUAUUCAGUUUCAGUGGUCAUCAGGAUGUCCAGGUACAGAUGCCAAGCAGGCAGUUGAAAAGUAAGUCUGUACUUCUGGAAAAAGAUAUUGACUAGUUAGAACUUUGAGAAAUGUUUGCAUAACAAAGACUGCAUUUCCCCAGGUAAAAAGUAGAGAGUGAAGAGAGCAGAAAUUCAUUAGGAUAGGAGGGAAUAGGAAGAAAACAAAAAUAGAAGGAAAAAAAUCAUCACAGAUGUGUGAGACUGGUCAUAUUCCAUGUCCUUGCAUGCUUCAUAUGAAUGUGUGAACGCACUGUUAAUAUGUGUUUUAUGCAUUAUCAUAAUGCAUUAGUUCUUAGAAGGGUAAUUAAAUAAACUUAAAUAGAUAUAUUUGUGGUUACAUCUAAAUUUGUUUGAGGA